UACUCCUUCUUUGAAUUAUCUCAGCUCUUGAUUUCGCCGGCAAUUGGAGGAAUAUGGCAAUAGAACCUCCGCUCUGAAAGAAAAAGAAAGAGCGCACAAUGCCGGAGUCGCUGUUAUCGAAGAGGGAUCAAGUCUUGGAGAUCAACUUGAUCUCCGCACAAGAUCUCAAACCGCCUGCGUCACCUCGGCGAAGGUUGCAAACCUACGCCGUCACCUGGGUAGACCCUUUCACAAAACUCCGAACCCGUGUCGAUCAAAUCGGCGGCGAGAACCCUACCUGGAACGACAAGUUCCUCUUCCGCGUCUCGCCCCAGUUCCUCGCCAGCGAGACCUCCGCAGUCUCCGUGGCCAUCUACUCCGUUGGUCUUCUCCGCGAUCAUUUGAUCGGCACCGUUCGGUUUCUCGUCAGUAACAUUCUCCGCUCCGCCAGUGAUAGCGACGGCGACUCUAUCAGGACCCCUUCCUUUUGCGCGCUGCAGAUACGCCGUCCCUCGGGGAGUUUCCAGGGCGUCAUGAACAUUGGUGCGAUGGUGUUAGAAGGCUCGGAUUGCCCGGCAUUGAAUGGAAUUUCAGCGAUAGGGUACAGGGACCUCAUGGGAGAGAAAGCCCACCACCGCGGGAAACACUACGAUGAGAAGAAAAAGUCGAAAUCGAAGCACGCAGACGAGCUGUCCAGCGAAUCUUGCGAGAAUUCUUGCGCCGACUCUAUGGAUUUAUCGGAUGACGCGGAAUCAUCAACUUCAUCAUCGUCCUCAGCCUCAACAGCGUUGAAAGAUUGGAACGGAGUGCGAGAAUUGGCGGGAAACAAGGGUCUGAAGUCACCAGGAUUCUUGUGUGGUUUGUUGACUCAAAGAAGGUUCCAUCUGAGCUCGACGAACCUGUAUAUGAGCUCCGAGACCGGAGACAUGGAAAUGUAAAGAAACACCCAUGCCGUAUAUGAAAUUUUGAUCAACACGGACUCGAAAGUAAUGCAGAUGGACGCUGCAGAGAAUCGUUUGAAUAAUAGAGAUGUUUGUGGUCGGUGAAACCUUCUCUUUCUGUGUCCUCCUUUCACAUUUAGCUUCUGUGCUGUGUUUUCUGGAUUUGAGCUCCCUCUUGUUCUGUAGUGUCCGACUACGUUGUGAAUUUCUUGCUUGGUUGCUGGCUUUUCAUUCCAAAUUUCCAAAUUUUAGU